AUCUGAUCUAGAAAUUCGUUAGAAACUUUGUUUCUAACAUUUGGUAUCAGAGCUAUGGUCGAAGACCUGAGUUCAUCACAACUCUCUCGGGGACAACUUCCUACCAAAUUGAAACUGAUAAGUUCAACCGAUAUAUCGGAGCUGACGUGGGUUCGAAAGCAAGAAAGAAUAUGGCAGAUCGUGGAGUAUUGGAAGGAGCACGGGCUGCGUACUGCCGCGAAGGAUGGUGAGGACGGUGCGGCGGGUGGGCUGCCGCUGUUCGCCGUGGCUGAUGGGGAUAAGGAGAAAGUCUCGCAGCCAGAUGAAAUCCUAAUGAGUGCAACAAACAUCUUGGAGUCGACGUGGGCUCAACGACGGGAGCAGCUGUGGCAAAUCGUCGACUACUGUAAGAGGAACUCGUCGCGACGCUGGGAGGACGGUGGUAACGACGUGACGUCAAGGCAUCCGCCGGCGGGACCGAAGAGAAGCCAUCUACGAGACUAUGACCAGCGCCGCAGCGGACGACAAAGUCGAGGGGACCGAGGAGAGUCGCGGGGUGGGGGAGCAAUUGGAGUGCCCGCUGGCUGUAGCUUCCAAGGGGACGACGACUGACGAAGAGGUGAGGACGAGGAUGUGGCCGGAAGCAAGCUAGGCUCGUCGCCGCCGGGAGGAGGGCUCGAUUCCCGGAGGAGUCGCCGCGGGAGGAGUUGGAGAAGAAGCAGGGAACGAUUGAGGAGGAAGGUGGUGGCACCUCUUUGCUCACAGCUCUUCCAGAGUGGUAUCUCACUGAUGGCUCGGACCCCCCCCCCCCCCCCCCCCCCCCCCCCCCCCCCGGAAGGGGCCUUCUCCGCCUUCCACCUAAGUUGCACAAGAAAGGCCCAAAACCAUGUUCUAAGCCUCCAAUUGAGGAUUUGGAUGGGCGAAAGUCUGAGCUAAUGUGACCAAAGUACGCAGUUUUCCUACUUUUUAUGGGUUUUCAAAGCUUUUCUCCAAUGAACAAGAACUUGAACAAAAGAUAAUGAUGGAACACGAUCAAACAGAAUCCAACUCUUGUGAAAGGCCAAUUGGUAUAUGAAACCAAUCAAACAAUCACCCACUCGUGAAUAAGGCCAAUCGCUAUUG